AUGGCAUAUGACUGUGCGAUGGCCAUCAGCCGCCCACUUCAUUACACGGCGAUUAUGAGCCCACGAACUUGUGUCCUGCUAGUCGUUGGGUCUUGGGUGGUUGGCAACGUCAACGCCCUCCCCCACACUCUGCUCACAGCUAGUCUGUCCUUCUGCGGCAAGCAGGAAGUGGCCAACUUCUACUGCGACAUUACCCCUUUGCUCAAGCUGGCCUGUUCUGACAUCCACUUGAACGUGAAGAUGAUGUACCUCGGGGUCGCUGUUUUCUCUGUGCCACUGCUGUGCAUCAUCGCCUCCUAUGUUUGCGUCUUCUCCAUCUUACGUGUUCCAUCCACCAAGGGCGUGCUCAGGGCCUUCUCCACCUGUGGCUCCCACCUCACAGUUGUUUCUUUGUAUUAUGGGACGGUCAUGGGCGUGUACUUCCGCCCUCUGACCAGUUACAGCCCGAAAGAUGCUGUGAUAACUGUGAUGUACAUCGCAGUGACCCCAGUAUUAAAUCCUUUCAUCUAUGGUCUGAGAAAUCGGGACACAAAGGCUGCCCUGGGGAAACUCUUCUGCAAGAGAAUCUCCAUGUAA